GCAAAGCCUUCAACGCAAGCAACAGCCCGGCAAGCCUCAAGCAAAAAGUUCAAAAUGACCCACGACGCCGUUUGGUUCUCUCGUCCUAGAAAGUACGGAAAGGGUGCCCGCCAGUGCCGCCUCUGUGCCCACCAGGCUGGUCUCAUCCGCAAGUACGGCCUUGACUUGUGCCGUCAAUGCUUCCGUGAAAAGUCAGCUGCCAUCGGUUUCGUGAAGAACCGGUGAAAUGUACCCCGUCGCGCACCUGCAUCUUAUAUCAUCAUUCUCUCGUCACACUUCUUUUUCUUGCCAGAUCAUUUGGUCGUCUUGUAUGCCACUAUGAUAAUAUCUCAACAAGACUAGCAUGAAAUGCACAUACUAUCCAAUGCGAAAACAUCGCCUCAUACCACUGGGUGCAAAUUCGGUGUUUGUUGUACCACACAAGUGGGCCGUCCUACUGGUUUGAACAAGCAAUGUUGCAUUGAGCGGUUCAAUGCUUGACGAGAGGUAUCAUAAGAAUCAUAAUGCCUGAAUACACUGGAUUCAGACCAUUAGCUUGAGCAUAAGACC